UGUUCAUCUUACACACCACUCCCUACCAUUUCUCUUCUUUCUAUAUAACCCCCACCUCACCCUCACCCUCUCCAACUCAAACCUACCUAUUACCUUCCAAUCUCUCUCUCUCUCUAUAACUUCAUCAAAUUUCAAAGCAGAAAAAAUCUUUCGUUUGGACUGUAAAAGACAAGGAUGAUGGUUGAGAAGGAAGAUCUGGGGUUGAGUCUAAGCUUGAGCUUCCCUCAGAACAACCACCAUUCGCUACAACAGAAUCUCAUGAUGCCUUGUUUGCACCCAUCUUCUGCUUCUACCUUCAAUCUUCCCAAGCCCUCUUGGAACGACGCCCCCAUUUCAUCAGAUCGGAACUCCGAAACGUGCCGGGCCGAGACUCGAUCUUUCCUCCGAGGCAUCGACGUGAACCGGCUGCCUUCCACCGGCGAUUGCGAAGAAGAAGUGGGCGUAUCAUCCCCAAACAGCACGAUAUCUAGCGUGAGCGGCAAGCGAAGCGAGAGAGAAGCCAACGGGGAGGACCAUGAGAUUGAGAGAGCUUCCUCUCGUGGUAUAAGCGAUGAAGAAGACGCUGAAACCUCGAGAAAGAAGCUCCGGCUCUCCAAGGACCAGUCAGCUAUUCUCGAAGAGAGCUUCAAAGAACACAACACUCUCAACCCCAAGCAAAAGUUAGCGUUAGCUAAGCAGCUAGGCCUCCGACCCAGACAAGUCGAAGUGUGGUUCCAGAACAGAAGGGCAAGAACCAAGUUGAAGCAAACUGAGGUUGACUGCGAGUUCCUGAAGAGGUGCUGUGAGAAUCUGACGGACGAGAACAGGCGGUUGCAGAAAGAGGUUCAGGAACUGAGGGCACUGAAACUUUCCCCACAGUUCUACAUGCAAAUGACCCCACCCACCACCCUCACCAUGUGCCCCUCAUGUGAGCGUGUCGCGGUCCCAGUUUCCUCGUCGUCCACAGUCGACGCGGGGGCCCACCAGAUGGGCCCUGCUCGCCCGCGCCCACGUCCGGUCCCCAUCAACCCGUGGGCCCCCGCACCCGCUCCCAUCGCACACCGGCCGUUGGAUGCACUCCAUCCCAGAUCGUGAGGGCAUUUUGGGGAUUUCCUGCUGAAUUCCUUGUUCGGAUGAAUGUUGUAUACGUAGUAGAUGCAAAAAAAAAAAAAAAAAAAAAAAAAAAAAAAAUGGAGUCUGUAAAACAGCGUACUACCAAAUUGUAUGUUGAAAGUCUGGGUCUAAGAUAUGGUUGGUAGAACGUGAUUUUGUGGGUCUUCAUGUUUUGUAUUGUCGGACCACCCACGUGUGAUCUAUUUAGUUUAGUUUUAUGUAGCACGAUUACUUAGAUUACUAAAAGUCUAAAAGAGGGAGUUUGGAUGCUAAUUUGGAAUUAUUUGUUUAACUAAACCAAGUUAGUGUUCUACACUCUUUAACUACA